AUGGAUCAGUCUAGAUUCUACAAGCACCUUCAAUGCAAUACCAUGGAAACUAGAAAUGAGGAGUUCCAGCCUGGAUCUCAAUCAGUAAUUCAGGAUCACAUGGAUGGCAUGCAUACUAUCAGACGACCAUCUGACUAUAGCGCAUCAGAUGUUAAACCGGUACUCAAUUAUUCAAUACAAACGGGUGAGGAAUUUGCUUUUGAAUUCAUGAGAGAUAGGGUGACUCUUAGGAAGCCUGUAUUUUCAAAUGUUAGUGAUUCCAGUUCCAAUUAUGCAACUGGUUGCAUGGAACAGAAAGGCAUCAUAGGCAUCAGCCAUGCUGCUUCUGAAAGUGGAUCAGAGAUUUCUAUGCUAUCAAAAGCUGAGAAAGGUCCAACAGAGUUUAACAGACAGAGUACGUCAUUACAUGGAGACAGAAGCUAUGGGUCAAUUCGAUCAAUACCAAGAGCUUCACUGAAUCAGGAGAAUAGUCGACUUGUACGUGGGUAUGGUGCUUCUGUUGGUUCUGACAGCACAUCAAUGAUGAAGUGUCUUUGUAGCUUUGGUGGCAGAAUAUUACCACGACCAAGUGAUGGGAAGCUAAGGUAUGUUGGAGGUCAAACUCGUAUUCUUCGUCUAAGAAAGGACAUAUCUUGGCAGGAGCUUAUGCAGAAAGCAUUGUUAAUCUAUAAUCUGGUUCAUGUACUAAAAUAUCAACUUCCUGGGGAAGAUCUCGAUGCUUUGGUAUCAGUAUCAUCUGAUGAGGAUUUGCAGAAUAUGAUGGAGGAAUGUAAUCUUCUUGAAGAUAGAGAGCGCUCACAAAAGCUUAGGCUGUUUUUGUUCUCAAUGAGUGAUUUGGAAGAUGCUCACAUUUCUCUCAGCAGUAUUAAUGAUGACUCUGAGGUCCAAUAUGUUGUUGCUGUUAAUGGCAUGGACUUUGGAUCAAUAAACAGCUCAACCCCACUUGGUGUCAGUUUUUCAGCAGAUGAUCUCCAUGAAUUGGAAAGGAAAACUUCAGAGAGAGAGAGUAAUAGAGCUGCUGUAGAAUCUUUAGGUCCCAGCAAUGCUCCUUUGACUAACAAAUCCGACCCUUCAUUGACUAUUCGUUCUUCACAAGCAGUUCUACCAAAUGCCUCAAAUUUGUAUGAAAUUGAUCAACUAUCUUAUGGUGACCAAAUGGCUCAAGUUGGGGAAUAUAGUCGACAAUAUUUUGUUCACCAUGGCCUUAAUUCCAGUCAUAACCCUGUUGCUGGAGAGACUCCUAUGGCUCCUCACCUUCUUAGCAAUCAACAAGGGGUUCUGAAUGAAGACCAUAUACCGAGUGGAUUACAAAUGCAAAAUUCUCAAUUACCUACCGUGCAGAUGAAAAAGAUAAGUGAUAAUUCAGUUAAGCAAGGGAGUGAUGUUUUAUCCUCAGAAACCCCGUCGCCAGCUCCCUUACAAACAUCUGAUAAUUGCUUAAAAAGUAAUUUUCCUGAAGCAUCGGUUGUAGUUACCAUGUCUGAGGGACAUCUACCUUCAUUGCCUUCAACAAAAAAGGUUCAGCACAAGGAUUAUGAAGAGUUCUCUUCUACUUCUAGCAGUGCAUUUGCUCCUGCUUAUGUUGAUUCCCACACCAAUGCAAUUGAUUUGAGUUGUCUUCAUCCUCCUCCACUUCCUGAAAGAGUUUAUUAUUCAGAAAGAACUCCAAGGGAGCAAGUAGAGUUGCUGAAUCGCUCCUCAAAGUCAGAUGACACGCACAAUUCUCAAAUUCACGUGUCAGAUUUACUUUCCGAUGUCAACCCAGAUGACCAAGUAACAGAAUCUGGGGACAACUUGCAUCCAACUGAUGAAUUGGGUAAUGCAGAAAAGCCCUUACAUGCAGAUGGCCAUACCACAGACAAUGGGUUUUCCAAAAAUCAAAUGAGCAAACUGUUGCCUGAUACAAACAGUCUGAUUAAUUCAAAACUAUCUGAGCGCACAGACCCUGAGUUGAAGCCAGCGUUGCCAAGCAAUGAAGGAACUAAAGAUGUUGAAACUGAAAAUUAUCGUAAAGAUAGCCAAACCAAGCCCUUUCUUGAUGAAACUGAAACCAAGACCAAAACCAAAGAAGGUAAGUCAGAUCUUCCUGCUUUGCAUCAUGUUUCAUCUGCUAAGCGUCUUGAUGAUCUAGCAUCCAAUCUUCCAGAUAUUGAUUGGGGUGAAGCCUCACGGAAGGAAUCUAAUGAUGGUUGUACGGUACAAGAAGUACCUGUAUCUGUAACUGGGAAUGUAACCAAAGAUGUUUAUCAAGAUUUCCCACCAAAUGUUAUUUCCAAACAAUCACAAGGGGACAUUCUUAUUGAUAUUGAUGAUCGAUUUCCCCGGGAAUUGCUGUCUGAUAUGUUUUCUAAAGCAAUACUUGGGGAAGAUCCCUCCAGUUUGCAUCCACUGUCCAGAGAUGGAGUAGGCUUAAGCAUAAAUAUGGAAAAUCAUGAACCGAAAAGAUGGUCAUAUUUUCAUAAAUUAGCACAAGGGCUUGACAGUGUCUCUCUUAUUGAUCAGGAUCAUCUUGAUUUUUCACCCGUGAUAGGAAAGGCAGGAGAUAAUAGAACCCAUCAUGUUAUGCCGCUAACAACUGAUGGAGAUCCCCAACAUCGGGAAGAUUCUCAUCUCAAUUUUAAUGAAGAAAAUCCAGAGGACUUACAUAGAAGGAUUGAAACUGAAGCUACUGUUCUGAAGUCUAAUUAUAAUCAAUCCCAGCUUAAGGACAAUGAGAGUAUGCAAUUUGAUGCUAUGAUGGAAAAUAUAAGAAUGCAAGGGUCAGAGUUUGAGGAUGGCAAAUUUGAUGCAAAAAAUAGCAACCUACCUCCACCACUUGACACUGUGCAGGUCAUCAAGAAUGAAGAUCUUGAAGAGCUGCGAGAACUAGGUUCUGGAACCUUUGGAACUGUGUAUCAUGGAAAAUGGAGAGGAACAGAUGUUGCUAUUAAAAGAAUAAAGAAGAGCUGCUUCACGGGUCGAUCAUCUGAGCAAGAGAGAUUGACUGUAGAGUUUUGGCGGGAAGCUGACAUUCUUUCCAAGCUUCAUCAUCCAAAUGUGGUUGCAUUUUAUGGUGUGGUACAGCAUGGACCAGGAGGUACUAUGGCCACUGUGGCAGAAUAUAUGGUGGAUGGUUCUCUUAGGCACGUGUUACUUCGCAAGGAUAGGUAUCUUGACCGUCGCAAGAGGCUGAUAAUUGCAAUGGAUGCAGCUUUUGGAAUGGAAUAUUUGCACUCAAAAAACAUAGUGCAUUUUGACUUAAAAUGUGACAAUUUGCUUGUAAAUUUGAAAGAUCCCUUACGUCCAAUAUGCAAGGUUGGUGAUUUUGGCUUAUCAAAAAUUAAGCGAAAUACUUUGGUUACUGGUGGUGUGCGUGGGACACUACCUUGGAUGGCACCAGAGCUUCUGAAUGGCAGCAGCAAUAAGGUCUCAGAAAAGGUUGAUGUGUUCUCCUUUGGCAUAGUAUUAUGGGAAAUUCUUACUGGUGAGGAGCCAUAUGCCAAUAUGCACUAUGGUGCAAUUAUAGGUGGGAUUGUAAAUAACACAUUAAGACCAACAAUCCCAAGUAAUUGUGAUCCUGAAUGGAGAACACUAAUGGAACAAUGUUGGGCUCCCAAUCCUGCAGUCAGACCAUCCUUCACGGAAAUCGCCAGUCGUUUGCGCAUAAUGUCUGCAGCAGCAAGCCAAACCAAAACACAGGGCCAUAAAACUUCUAAAUGA